GGAUAGACGAAAAGGAAGACGCGGCCGCAAGCAGGGGCAGGCAGACCACGCCGCACGCCUGCUUGAGCCCCGGCGGCGCGCUCCGGCAUUUCUCCCCUCCCGCCCGCCGCUCCGGCCGCCCCUGCCACCGCCGCCGACCCAACCGCCUCCUGCCUCUCGUCUCGCGGGCUCCGCGGCUGCUGCUGCUGCUGCCUCCACAGUCUUCCGCGCGGGGGUGCUGCCGCGACCAUGGCCACCGGCGCCGUCACGGCGCCGCCGCCGCUGGCCGGCGCGCGGCGCGGCGUCGGUGCCCGGGGGAUCCUCCACCGGCGCCUCGCCGCCUCUCCUAUGUGAGCACCUCCUUCGGUUAUUGCUGUGGCUCGGUUAAUUCGGUCUCUGGUUGCAGUCGCUAGAGAAAUUUCGUGGUUCCAGCUGCCGAUUGCGGCGUAGGGCGGGAGAAUCAUAUCGGUCAAGGAAGUAGGGAAUCAGGAGAACUUCAUGGCGCUAUUGGUACUGAAUAUAGAUAGGUUGCAUCCUUCAGACUGAUUUCGUGACUAGAACGACCAACCAAUCCGUCUAAUGCAGGAUCACACUGUUAUUACUAUCCUUCCUUUAUGGGAAAUCUGGAUGGUACUCGUUUAUUGUGCUGAUUCUGAUGACACGUGAUCCUUCAACCAGAAGAGAAAACGUAAAUAUGCUGUGGUACUGAUGGUCCACUGUGGCUCUAAAUAUAGAAAAUGAAGAGAAAAAGAUGCAGCAGAACUUUUAUAAGGUCUUGUGCGUAUAGAAUGUACUGAUGGUCUUAUGUGUUUUUGGUGAUACUUAUGAUUAAUUGCUAUGGUGAAGCUAGAAUGGGAUACUCAACAUUAGGGCCUAUAAUUCAACUUACUAGGUUGCAUUGAAGCCAAGUCUUCAGCGAAUAUGUCCUUGCUUUUCAGCUAUGGAGCUAGCGCUGAGCAUAACGUCGUGCUUAGAUCUUACGCCUGCUGUUCCUUUAUUUUCAUGCAGUCAUUUCUCUCUCCCAGGAAAGAUGAAUCUGUGAUUUCCACAAAUGGCGGAAAUGAGGAAAUGGUCACUGAUAGUAUCAAUGUUGCCAGAGGAUUGUCUCCCCCGGGGCUUUCAUCAAGUUUAUCGAAUAAGGCAUCUGUGGUCCCAACCCCUUUGCUUCCUAACGAACCAUCUGAUCUCCGGUUCAAUCGCCUUCGACCCUCAAUUGAUGAAAGCAAAUACAAAAGAUUAUUUGGCUGCUAUGUUGCUCGUGAGGCUGUAAUUGAUGAGGAAUACUGGAUUGCUGCAUGGUUGAGAGCAGAAGUUCACUUUGAAGACCAGUCAGGAAACUGCUAUGUCGAAAGCUUUAAAAGAAAGUUUGCAUCACAGGAAUUUCAUGCAUUAAAGAAGCGAUGCAGCAAGCAGCACGGAGAAAAGUAUAUAUGUUUUGUUGCGGUAAAGAAUGAUGACCUCAGGCGAACCGUCCUGAAUAGUGUUGUUGGUACCUUAGAUGUAUGUGUAAGGCAUCCUCUACAUGGGGAGAAAUUUCCUGAGGAGCCUGGAAGGCCGUCUCUUCACUGUAGAAUCUAUCAGCCGGAUCAGCCAAAAUUUGGAUAUUUAACUAAUGUAUGCGUUGCUAAAUAUGCAAGGCGUCAAGGGAUCGCCAGUAACAUGUUAUUAUUGGCCAUAGAUGCUGCAAGAAUCAAUGGUGCUGAAAAUAUUUACAUUCAUGUGCAUAAAGAUAACUUACCAGCGUGGAGUCUCUAUAAUCAGAUAGGAUUCAAGAUGGUUGACCAGGAUGGUGCCCGUCAUGCAUCAGAUCUGUGCUUACUCUCCUUCGGUUCAUAGGGCGAGCUGACUAGAAUAGGAAUAGAAGGGACAUGAUCCCUUGUUCCAUCUCCUUGUGCAGAGAAAUGCCACCAGUCCUCGGCGAUUUGGAAAAGCAAGAGGGUGUGUGCCAAAGAUUACCUUUACAAUCUUGUACAUGAUGAAAGUUGUUUUCAUAAGUUUGUGAGUUUUGAGGUUGUCACUAGCCCGGUGACAGUUCUGAUGCCCGGAAUGUUGUGGUAUCUGAAUGCUUCAAAAGGUUCUGUCAUUGUAUAGUUUGUGAAUCCUACAAAUGUUUGUUGGUUGUUCCCGCCAUUCUGCAAUGAAAAUUGAUACUCUUGGGCAUCUCAUACUGUAACUAUGCUCUUGUUGCUGAUUA